AUGGACAGGCCUCAGGGUGCUUCCUCUGGGGCUGCUGGCUGUGUAGGUGAUGCAGUUACAGAAAGGUACAUGGUGGACUCUCCGGACCCUGCCUCUCAUGUCCAGCUGGCCUGCAGCGGCUCUCACUGUGCUUUUCCUCGGAACAGCCGUGAGCUUUGUGUCUGGGACGCCAGCCAUCCUUCCCACCAGCCUCUCAUCCUCAGAGGACACCAACAGGCAGUGACAGCCCUGGCCUUUGGAAACACAGAGAGUCCACUUCUCCUUGGCUCUGCAUCCUGUGACCACAUUCUAGUGUGGAACCUGAAAGAGUGCACAGAGGAUGCCCUCCAGGGAACAGCUCCUUGUGGGACGGUCCUGGGCUCCCUCCUGGGCACGGUGCUUUGCAUGAAGUUCAGCCCAGAUGACCGCACUGUGGCCGUGUGUGCUGGGAAUGGUGUCCUUAUACUGGAUGUCCAGAAGCUUUGUAUCCUGGCCAAGCUUCUGGGCCACCUGGCUCCGGUGACCGCGCUGGCAUUCUGUACGUGGCAAGUGCACACCGUCAUAUCUGUGUCGGAGGACAGGAGCUUUAAGGUGUGGGACCAUCGUGUGGGGACAGUAGUGCACACCUCGCCAGUGCUAACAGCGUACCCCCUGCUCAGCGUGUUGGUCUGUGAAGAGACGAAGCAGCUUAUCACUGGAUCUGCCGACGGCCAGCUGUGGAUCUUCAGUUUGGUUGAAGCACAUCAUUUCCGGGAAGUGGCGCGUGUUGACCUCAGGAGGCAGUGUAAGACCUUCUUCGCCAGAAGGCCAGCUUCUGCAUCAUGUGGCCUCACAGGGGCUGAGCUGCAAGUCCACCUCAGGUCCUCCUGCCAUGGCCCUGUGCUCAGUGGCAUAUGUCUACCUGCUGAGAGAACACCGUGUCUGUGGAUCGGAAGCUCAGCUGGCAUGUUCCUGUUCAGCCUGGCCAGCUUGGAAUUGGAGGCUGUUUUACUUUAUAGAGAUUUUGUAGGCCUCACCAUUAAAGUUUCUGGAUCAUGUGCAAUAAUGAAGAACACCGUGAAUGGAAAGACCUUUUGCAUCGUCACGUCCAUGUUUGGAAAUAAGAUAGCUGUGCUGGAAGUCAACGUGGCCGCGCUCAUGAGGCUGCAGCAGGGUCCUGGCGUGGGGAGGAGCCUUUCUGUCUUGGCCAGUUCCUGUGUCCUAUCAACUUCUCCACUGUACUUUGGGGUUGUUGAGAAGAAAAGCACUAAACCUACUGGAAAAAAGCAAUCUGGGACCCGGGGCCGCAUCCAGGACCAGCCACUUGUCUUCCAUGGUUCUGUCAAGUCUUCUGGCUAUACCUCUGCCCCAAGAGUAACUAUGUUUUCACCAAAGACCAAUAUUAAGAGUGAUGGUAAAAGAUCUUCCAGCUGCAAGAAAAGCUACAAAUGCAAUGACUACCCUCUGGGGGACUCCCCGCCGGCCCACCUCCAUGAGCAGGUCUCUGUGGCCACAUCGCCGACCGCGGUCUGCUGUCUGCAGUACUCAGGUGAUGGUCAGCGACUGGCCUGUGGCUUAGCCAACCAUUUACUGCUUGUCUUUGAAGCCUGCCUCAGAGGGACGCCUGCUGCUUUCUCAGGUCACGAUGGGUCUGUGUCUGCGGUUGGCUGGAGUCGAGGAGGAGAGUGGCUGGUGUCUGCCUCCCAAGACAGGAGCCUGAGGCUGUGGUCAGCCUGCAGACCAACUCGUCCAGUGAUCCUGGCCAGAGAGAUGUUCCCUAAGCCGUUAGAGUUUGCACAGUUUUAUUACCUGGACGCAUUUCUGUUGGUAUCGUCUGGCCCGGAGUUUCACCUCCUGAAGUAUCACAUUGACACCUGCAAAGAGGAGAUCAAAAGAUACAAGCAGAAGAGCAAGUUCAAGGCCAUCCACAGGCUCAGCACAGCACAGUCCACCGAGAUCACCAGCUUGUCUGCCGUCAAUGACUUCUAUUCCCAUGUCGUGCUGACUGCCGGCCGAAAUAAGACCCUGGAGGUUUUUGACCUCAAUGCCAGCUGCAGUGCGGGCCUGGUCCCUGAAGCCCAUGUGAGGCCUGUCCAUCAGAUUUGUCAAAACAAAGGAUCGUCCUUUGCAGCCCAGCAUCCUGAUGCCUACAAUCUUUUCCUCACCACAGCCGUGGGUGAUGGGAUAAAGCUGUGGGACCUGAGGACACUGAGAUGUGAACGCCGCUUCGAGGGACAUGCAAACCGCUGUCACCCCUGUGGGGUGACCUUCAGUGCCUGCGGCCGGCACGUGGCCUGUGGGGCAGAGGACGGAAGUGCCUAUUUGUAUGACAUGAGGUCAAGUACUUUUUCCCACAGGCUGGGAGGACACACAGAUACAGUCACCCAGGUGGCCUUCCGCCCCUCGGCUCCCCAGGUAUGA